AUGUCGCCCAACAAUUUCCAAAGCGAGCCUGCUGGUCUAGAAGUAGCUCCAGUAUCAGACUUACCAUAUGUCGUCGAGGGGCCGAUUAUCAUAAGGAAGCCAUACGACGGCACGCAGUAUGCGUACGAUCAGCAAAUGCCGGGCUUCCAGGGCAUGGCUCAGCAGAAUGCUUACUCGAACGGGGUAUAUCCUCCCCAAGGGUAUCCUAUUCCUAGCCAGGGUCAGCCAUACUGGGGAGGUUCUCAAGACGGGACAUACCUCACUGAUAAGACUCUUCCUAUACCGCCAAGUAAUAAAAGAAUAUGUGGAUUAAGAUUGAAGACUUUCUGGUUAAUCGUUGGCCCGCUCAUUGCCAUCAUCGUUAUUGGUCUAGCAGUCGGCUUAGGUGUGGGUUUGGGUACUUCGCACAAAUCGAGUUCGGGUUCUGACGCAACUACUACAUCGUCACACCCUUCAAGUACAACUCCAACAGCGUCAAUCGCGUGUCCGCAGUCAAACGGGACGAUAUACGAAGGGGCCGGUAACGACCCGUUCCUAGUUCUCUGCAACGUAGACUAUAACGGCAACUGGGAAGGCAGCGGAACAACAGACAUUGGCAACGAAGAGACAAGUUCCGUCGAGGACUGUAUCGAUAUGUGCGCAGGGAACUCGACCUGCGCUGGCGCGGGCUGGGGUAGCUACAAUGGGCAUUAUAUCUGUUGGAUGAAGGGAAAGUUAGGCUCACCACAGGACUCCCCUAAUUGGUUCUUCGUCAUUAGACAAUAG